CAGUGACGCCAUCAUCUGGAUGGAAAUACCACUGGUACAGAGAUGAGAAGUCCUCUGAACCUCUGACCACACAACAUGCUGGUUACUAUUCAAAUGGACAAAUGAGAGUCUCACAGGAAGGACUGUACUGGUGCAGAGGAGGAAGAGGAGACCCAGUUUACUACACAGAGUACAGCGAUUCAGUCAGGAUCAAUGGAAAUGUUCCAAACAAGGUGACUGUGACUCUCCAACCCAACUGGCCUCAGAUCUACAGAGGAGAGGAGAUUACUCUCAGAUGUGAGAUCCAUGGAGAAGACACUGAGUGGGAGUAUGAAUGGAGAUCUACCAGUUCAUACAAACCUCCAAAUCUAAAUGAGUUCAGGAUUAAAUCUGAUUCUUCACUCCACACUGGAGACUACAAGUGUAAAGGUAGAAUGAAAAGUGAACAACAGUCUUCAACAGAGUGGAGUGAUUCCUUCAGAUUGACUGUAUUCAUCAAUAAACAACCUGUCCUCUCUGUGUCUCCAUCAUGGCUG